GCCAGGGGGACCGAGGAAGCCCCAGAGUUUACCUACGUCACUAAUCCGCCAUACUGUACGCGAAUCCCAGCUUAAAGAGCUACAGCUAUAAACUUCCACAACUCCUUUUUCUAUUGAGAACGAUAUUAUUUUUUGUCUUUUAAUUUUCUAUUUGCAUCUUUCGCAUAUCAUAACCUCACCAAUUCACGUAAAUACGCACAUAGUACCCGACAUGUCUUCCAACCUUUUCAGCACUUCUCCUGGUGGAGAGACUCCUCAGUAUGAAUCAAUCAAGACGGUGACGAACGAGACGCCGAAGCAGACUGGUCAAUUUGGCGACUUGUCAUCCUCUGAGACGACUGAUCCUCUCAAAGAGCGAGGAGAGCAGAGGGCCGAGCAGAUUCGCUAUGGACAGGGAAUCUCCGAGUCCGGCGUUGGUGGAAUGACCAAGGAUGUUGGUGGCGCUGCUGGACAUGAAGGCGGAUAUGGCGGUGCCAAGGCUGACCCUGCGUUCGAAACCGCCGACACAAAUACCCGCGCUGCGCAGGGUUACGGUGGAAAGAAUGAGACGGGCGAGGACAUUGGCGCAUAAAUGUUGGGAUCCCAAAUGAACUGAUGAAGUAAUGAGUUCUUUAUAAUUUCUAUAGAUGUCAUGAAAAUCUUUUCCUUUUAUUCGCUUUAUGAUAAACGGUAUGAUAUGAUGAUGAAGACUACCGCUGAACCUGGGAAUGAAAUGAAAACCAAAGGAAAAAUAUUCUAGUCAAAUGAGAUCAACCAUGUCGUAUAAUACAAGUGCUGCGAGAAAAGAAGCAAAUAUGGAGCUCGAAGGGAAAGUCUAAUCGGUGCCGGAUAUUCUGUGAGCUGUCUGCUCAAGCGGCAGCUUUCGUCGCGGCUUCCGGAGAGUGGCCUCUGUCACGCCUUCGCCCAGUUUCGUAAUGCCCAUAACGGGGGGAUCGCCCUUCUUGACGAACUCAUAGAGACCUAAUGAAUCAUUGUAU